AUGGCUAGUGAAAAUCUGGACUCCGUGCCAACUGUCACUAUCAUCGGCGCAGGGCCCUGUGGCUGUGCCUUUGCGGCCGAUUUAGCUAGCCGUGGGAAGUCAGUCAUGCUGUAUGCUCAUCCCGAUCAUCGAGGUGGAACAGAAAUGAUUGAAAGGAACAAUGGCUGGUUGAACGCAGCCGGAGAGAUCAGUGGAAAAUUUCAAAUCAAGACCACCAGUGACCUCUAUAUUGCCAUUCGACACUCUCCUUUCAUCGUGACCACAGUACCCUCAUAUGGCCAGGACACCAUCCUGACGUUGCUGAGUCAAUUUGACUUGCGGAAUCAUACUCUCAUCAUCAACGUGGGCAAUUUCUUUUACCUCUCUGCCCGCUCGAAGAUCAACGCCCAUGCAAUCCUCGAAACCGACAUCUCCCCUUAUGCCACUCGCAUCCAGGGUGACACGGUGUUCGUCAAAGGAUGCAAGAAGACUCUGUCAAUAUGGGCCGAGCCACCAAACACAACACAGGUCGAGCGGCUUGACCCCCAGGCGGAGCUUGGCCUCCGACAAAAGGUCGAGAUGAUCUUUUCUCAGAAACUAGUGUGGUGUCAGAAUCUACUCGAGGUUGGGUUGAACAAUGUCAACCCCGUCGUGCAUUGUCCUGCGGCACUCAUGAAUGCAGGCUGGAUCGAGGCCACCAAGGGCGAUUUCUACUUCUACGCCCAGGGAAUGUCUCCCUCUGUCUCUCGUGUAACUGAAAAGGUAGACAAGGAGCGUCUGGCAAUUUCCCACGCCUAUGGGCUCGAGAUCACACCCAUCACAGCGUACAUGAACCAGAACUAUAACAAUGAUCGGGAAUACUCCGACUACCACGACUUUGCCUCAGGCUCUGUGGUCCACAACAAGACCAAGAGCUCCCCAACCUCCCUCAAUCAUCGCUAUUUGUUGGAAGAUAUUCUCUAUGGCUUGGUCCCCUGGUAUGAGCUUGGCUUGAAGUGCGAUUUAGCUUCGCCAACUAUUGGAGCACUUAUCCAGAUGGCUGCCGUUGUCAGCGGCUUUGAUUACUUUGAGCACGGGAGGACCCUGAAGUCUGCUGGACUUGGUGAUGCCACUAAAGAACAGGUGCUUCACGCUUUGGGUGGACCGGUAGACAAGACUCCGAGUGCCAAUGCACCCUUAUCAGACUCUGCUGUUAGUACCAAACUGGAGUUCCAUGCUCCAUUACAGACUGCUCAAGUUGGGGCGUGA